AUGGCCGAGAACAUCGCCCAAUUAUUAUUCAGAUAAAAAGCAUUGCUCAAGAUGGCAAUUUACAAGAGCUUUCCGCAACAUUUGUGUUUCUGGUCAGAAAACAGAGACAACAGAAAUUCGAUACAAAUAAUAUCUCGUACUGUACAGGUAAGAUAUGUCAGUAAUUACAAAACGCUGCUAAAGGUAAAGGAAAACGGAUCAAUACAGGAAAGGCAAGGGAUCGGGAUAAAACGUAAAAGCAUAACAUUAGCGUCGACCAAGGCUUGAGAGGAGGAAGGAUUAUUGGAAAAUACUGGAAUACCUGAAAUCUGUCAUGGCGUAGAUACUCGCCAGAGCAUAUUGUGAUUCACUACGCACCUCGUUCCUUCAAUUAUCAUAACAUUAAAUUCAAAUGUCUACAUUCUGUUCAGUGUGUUAUGAUUCGAUGACAGCGUAUUGUGUUCUUCCAAACCAGCAUUGAUGACCGCGAUGACCACUCUGGACGGUGAAAGUGAAGCGCUUGUGGCAAUGUGCGCUAAUUAUGACUGAUGUCAUACUAGUAAAUAUAGUAACCACUUCAAGGUGGUUGACAGUUUUACCGAUAGAUAAUCGAUAUAUUCAACUUUAAUUAAUUACUGUUUAUUUUUGUGUGAGUUUACCAGUGUUUUGGUGUUGUAAAACAGACUAGAGAUAAAAAAAAUAAUCGGAUCAUUAUGGAUAUAACUUUCAUAAGACACACAUGUGUUCAGCGAGAUUGUGAAAUGGAUUAAAAUGUGUGUAGAAGAGAAAACUGCGGAAAGGAAUCGAUAUCUGAUAACACUAAUGGAGAGUUUGUUCAAUAAUGAACAAACGUGUGCACUUAUAGCAGCGUGAAUUAUGUAACUUGACUUCCAUAUAGAAUUAUGUAAAUAUUUGUAAGAUAUUUGUAGUAUUUUGGGGUAUUACUUUUCCUUCACUUUAUUCCUGACUUGCUGUGUAAGAUUUCUUUAGUUCAUAGUGUAUCAAUUAUAAAGUCACCCCAAUAAUACGUCGUAUCCAGUAGGGCUUUUGUGUAAAUGCAUGUAUAAAGAAGUAUUGUACAGAACAGUAAUUGCUCUUUGAAGAAGAACGAUAUUUUAUUCCAAAAUCAAAUUAAUGUAUAAUACUUCCAACAUAUAUAGCAGAUAAGUAAAGUCACAAAUAUACCCGAAUGUCCAUCGCCAACAAACACCUCUCCAAUUUGUCUGGUACAUCUGUGUAGUAAAUAAAUACAGAACAAAGUUACAACUGUACGUAAUAAGAGCGUUCACAACGAGAUUAGUAAACUUGAUUGGUUAAUCAUGUCUGAGAGCAUGUAUUCGUACACGAGCGUCCCUGUGGGUGGGGACGGGGAGGCAGAAGACCCGCCUGCAGCAGAUGACACGGAGGAGAUGCGCGCGCAACUCGAGCAGAAAGACAAAGACCUGAUGCUGGCGGCGGAGCUGGGCAAGGCGCUGCUUGAGAAAAACUCGGAACUUGAGCGGAAACUGGAACAGUCCACGGAGGAAUACAACCAGCGAAUCGAGGAGCUGAAGCAGGAGCGGUACGGGCUGCACCUGCGGCUUGAGAACGUACAGGGCGAGUAUGAAGCCGCCGUCAAGGAGCUUCAAUAUGACGUUACACAACUCUCUGAACAGCUGGAGCGCGCCCGCCGCCACAAUAGCACGGACGAACGUGCCUCCAGUCGGAAAUUGCAGACUGUUACACAGCAGAGCGAGAGACUGAUCGAGGAGCUGGCGGCGGCCCGGGCGCGGGAACAGGAAUUGACGGCCACCGUGCAUAGCCUCCGGGAGUCCACUCAGCCUGCACUCGCAGCCCGCCACGCCGCGCAGGUCGACAUACUCCAGGACAAGGUGUUUUCACUGACAGAGGGACGGCGGACGGCUGAGCGUCAGUUGGAGCGUGUGACGGAGGAGCGGGAGGCGGCGGUGAGCGCCCUAGAGGAGACACAGGACCGCGUCCGUGUGCUGGAAAGGCGGCGCCAGGAGUUGGAGGAGCAGUUGGAGCGGAAGGACGCGGAGGUGCGCGAGUUGACGGAGCGGAACGAGCACCUGCUGGGUCAGGUGGACUCCCUGACUGAGAAGGCAUCCAACAGCAGCGGCCACUCCAUGACGCUCUUCACGGAACUCGCACAGCUCUCGGGAAAUAACGAAGUCGCCAUGGCAACAGACUCGCCCAUAAACCAAUACCCUCCAAGCAUGUUCGGAGAAGACGACGUUGAAUGUGACGACGACGACGUCGACUUUGUGAUGACGUCACACUCACCUACACAGCACGUUGACCGGAGUUUCGGAGAAGACGCCAGGCAGCGUUAUCGACCGAACCGACAGAAGGACGCAGAUAUGGAGGCGGAGAUCCUGCAGGCAUACCACAAGUUGCGACAUAUCUGCCGGGAGAUACGGCAACAGAUGGGUGAGCGGUGCGGGGAGUCAGGGGAGGAGGAGGAGGUGUCCACUGGAUCCGCGGACACGGACAGCUUGAAUGACGUGGUGGAGGAGCUGCAGGUGACCGUCCGCGGCGCCAUAGAGCGAGCCAACCAGACGCAGGCGGGCCAGUUGGAGGAGAUGGGACGGCUGCAGGGGCGCGUGGAGCAGCUCGAGGCGGACCUGACUUCCUGCCGUGCCAGUCUCGACAACAUCCGCCACCAGAUGGACGCCCGCGACAUCCACCUGCAACAAAAAAACUUUAAAAUAACCGAACUGUCUCAUCAGGUUACCUCCCAGCACGAGGAUAUCCGAGUGUUGUCGAGCCAGCGGGAUCGGCUGCAGGAACUAAUGGCACCGGACGCCGCUAAGCCGCAAGCGUACAGCGCCAUGGCUCUCCUCCGACACGCGCGCCGCGAGAGGGACGCUGCCAUUGAGAGAAAGUACAGCCUAGAGAAGGAGUUACAGGCAGCUCGGUACGAGACGAUUGUGCUCAACCAUCAGCUGUUGGAGGCCGUCCACCAAAAGAAUAAGGUAUCUCAGCUCCUCGACCAGUGGCAGUCUGAUAUGGCGAAUCUUUUGGGAGUUAAAAUGGAACUUGGGGCGCACUCCAAAGCGUUAUCAGAGAUAGGACUAGCCAAAAAACAAAAGGAAAAGGAUGAGAACAACACCUAGACAUUCUCUGUAUUUGGACACCACCACAAAAUGUGCUCUAUCUAAAUAUUGUGUCACUUUGCUUUAUUUUGCUGUAUGUUGCAAUCGUGCUCACACCACAGGCGGAAGACAAAUCCGCGAGCCGCCCUGUUGUCCCGCAGUUUGAUCAAGCCUCGAUUGACAAACUCACCAGCCGAUAUGGCCAUGCUGUGACUGUGUGGCUGUCGACGUCACAACAAUGUGGAGAUUCCAAAAUACAAGCACGCAUCAAACACAUGACUUUCAAGACCCCCCCCCCCCAAUAAUCGGUCUACGACUAUAUAAUAUGAUACAAUUAGAAAAUGUUCAUCUACCGGAGUUAUUCCUUCUAAAGAACUUCACUAAACCACACGUUUUAGUUUUAAUGUAAACAUGUUGUUGUUAUCCAUGUCUUGCCUUUUAGUAUGUUUUGAGUUUAGGAUGUGACGUUUGUCAUGCUACCAGUAUGAUAUGAUACUCAUGUUUUCGUAAUUUCGCAUGAGUACUGCGCGGAUCAAAGAACUAUAACACUCCUUAUUUACAUAUCAUUUUAUUUAGUUGCUCAAUUGUGCUGCACGCACAAUCUUUUAGUCAAUGAACUACAACCGGCGAAGUCUUUCAGCUAUGUUUAUUAGUUUAUGUACGAAAAAGAAACAUUGUUGGAUAAUGUUGGUGUUAGAUCAUCCAAUAUUUUAAGAAAUAAUCCGUUCAGCACUGCAGUCCAAAGCAAGGGAAGAUGAACUACUCGUGUUCACGACGCGACCCGCACAAGGCAGGACAACGUUCGGUGAAAACAACGUAAUCAUCAAAGACCCCGGUGCUUCCUGUUAACUGGCUUAUUGUUAUAAGAAGUUAAAUGGGAUAAUGAUUAAAGUGUUUCUUCUUGAUAUUGUGUUUUUGCAUGGAAAUGCAUGCUGCAAUAAAUAGAUAAAACAGA